AUGAGCGCUUUCCAGAACGGCGUCACGCCGGUGCGGGCCAUGAACGACGACAGCGAUGUCGAGGAGGAGGCCCUUGUCGCCGAGUACAAGGAGCAGGUUCAGUACGAUGACGGAGAGGAGCUGGAGCAGGUCUCUUCUCUGACGAUGGCCCAACAAGCCGACGAUAUCCAGUCUCGGCUCGUAGCUGCUGCCCAACCCCUCGACUUCUCCGCGCCUCUCGAGGUCAAGUUCCAGAGCUAUGAUUCCUACUGCAGCUUGUUCCACUUUAUUCUCAACUCGGAGGGACCUGUCGACUUGGAGCCGCCUUCGUACUACUGGGCCUGGGACGUCAUCGAUGAGUUCAUCUACCAGUUCAACUCUUUCUCAUCCUACCGAAUGCGCAUUGCGAGGCAAGCGAACAAUGAGGAGGAGAUGCAGAUUCUACGAGAGAACCCCAACACCUGGGGCUGCUACAGCGUCCUGAACGUUCUCUACUCCCUGAUCCAGCGAUCGCAGAUCACCGAACAACUUGCGGCGAUGAAGCGCAACGAGGAUCCCAUGUCCGUGGCCGGAGAGUACGGCUCCAAGAACCUGUACCGCAUGCUCGGCUACUUCUCCAUCAUCGGUCUUCUCCGGGUCCACACUCUGCUUGGAGACUUCAGCUUGGCUCUGAAGACGCUCGACGACAUCGAGCUGAACAAGAAGGCCAUGUUUGCCAGGGUUAUGGCCGCCCACUUCACCACGUACUACUACGUGGGAUUCUCCUACAUGAUGAUGCGCCGCUAUGCCGAUGCCAUCCGCAUGUUCAGCCACAUCCUGGUCUAUGUUUCCAGGACAAAGAACUUCAACAAGAACGCCCAGUACGACUCCAUCACCAAGAAGAACGACCAGAUGUAUGCCCUGAUCGCCAUCUGCGUCGCCUUCCACCCCACGCGUCUCGAUGACACGAUCCACACGCAGAUCCGGGAGAAGUACGGCGAGCAGCUCCUCAAGCUGCAGCGCGGCGGCCCCGAGUCGCUGCCCGUCUUUGAGGAGCUCUUCAGGGCUGCGUGCCCCAAGUUCAUCUCCCCCGUGCCCCCAGACUUCGACCACCCGGAGGCCAACGUCGACCCCGUCGAGCACCAUCUGUCCAUCUUCAUGGACGAGGUCAAGACCAACAUGUGGAACCCGACCGUCAAGUCGUACCUGCGCCUGUACACCACCAUGGAUCUCAAGAAGCUCGCUGGUUUCCUCGAGGUCAAGCCGGAGGAGCUUCGGUCAUUCCUGAUGGUCACCAAGCAGCACACCAAGCAGCUGAGGUGGACCGACAACGGCCUGCUCGACGGCGAAUGGGUCAACGUCAGCGACCUCGACUACGCUAUGCAAGGUGACCUGAUUCACAUUUCCGAAGCAAAGGUGGGACGGAAGCUGGUUGAUUGGUACCUCCGGAACCUCUCUCGGACCUACGCCUAG